AUGGUUCGUCGAAGCGAUAGGGCUGUCGGCGAUGCGACGCGGAAAAAACCGGCGGGUGGUCUGCGGGGACGCCGCCAGCAACGCGGUAAGAGAAACAGCAACGAUGAUGGCUUGCUUGAGGUGCAGGAGAAGGGUGUGCUGAACCUCAACAACCCUUUGAUCCCCCCGGAGCUGGACGAGGACAUCGAUGACGAUAUCGCCUUCAAUAGUGAGGAUGAGGAGAAGUACGGCCACUUAUUCCGCAAAAAGCCGACCUCUGACACCGCGCGCUUGACUGCAGGAGCGAAACAGAAGAAUGGCACGAAGAAAAAAAAGGUGGGCAAGCAUGCGGCAGAUGUAGAAGAGACGGGCGAUGCGGAUGACGCUCUUUUAUUGCAACAACUUCGCGCCCUCGGAGAGAUUGAAGACGGGGACGACUUGGAUUUUCAUGAGCGGGACGGUGCCGGGGACGACGAUGACUACAUUGACCUUGUGGAAAUGCUUGAUGCAGGUCAAGGGGAGGAGAGGGAGGCGGGGGACAAAAAGCAGAAGAAAAAAACGAAGAAAAAAUUGGACGAAAGUGGCGUGGCGAAGAAGCGACGACGUGCGCUUGUCACUGAGGAAGCAGAGUCUCUCUAUGGCCUGGCCGCCACGGAUGACAAGUAUGGCAGUGCCAUUCGGCAACUUGUGACGGCAACUCCGGCGUCAUCAACGCAGACGCGAAUGCAAAAAAGUCUCGACAACAAGCGUAACCUCAUCAGCGUGGAUGUUGAUGAGCAUACAAAGGCGAAGUUGACGCGUCGUGAGGUAAGAAAGGUUGUGUCGGACGAACUUGCCAAAUACGACAGCUUUUUGCGAGAGCAGCGUGAGGCAAAGCACUUGCAGUUCCCUAUGCCGAUGCCAGACAGCAAUCCGGUACCGACAACCCUUGGCGCCAUCUCUGUUGCUGCACAGGAGCGUUUUGCUACUCAGGAGAAUGCGGCAGGCACGGCUGCUGCCUUGGCAACCACCACCACCACAACCGACGCCACAGGCGAUGCAUUGGGGACGACUGGCAACGCGUCACGUGUUUCUGCAUUUCGCCUUGCUGGAAAAGUCAAUGCGCUUUUGUCAAGCGCAGGCUUGUCGAGGCCCGAGCUUGCUGCACCAUCGGCAGAAGAUGUUUUUAUUCCACUUGUCGACAACGACGAUGAUAAUGGGGGUGCAAACAGGGCAGCAGCAGCUCAAAACGAAAAGGAGGGGAGCGUACCAACGAAGAGUUACAUGGCAAAGCUAAAGGCGAUGCUUUCAUACGAAAAUGCUCGCCGCCGCCGUUUGAACCGCAUUAAAAGCAAAACAUAUCGUCGUAUUCUCCGCAAGGAGAAGGACCGUGAAAAGGAGCGUCGGGAAAAGGCGUUUGAGAUUCUCCAUCCCGAAAAGGCGCGUGCUCGUCUGGCAGAAAAGCUAAUGAAGGCAAGAGUGGAAGAGCGCGUGACGCAGAAGCACAAGAACACAAGUAAAUGGGUACGCCACGCGAAACGGUUUGCUAAUUUUGACGGCAACACAAAAGACGCCAUUAACGAGCAGAACUUGUUGCAUCAACGACUCAUGCAAAAAAUGGAAGAGGACGCAGACGAAGACGCUUACCUGAAUGCGCACGUUGAUGGUCAUGCCGACAGUGAGGCAGCAUCAAGCGAGGAGGAGCGCGUCGUGGACUACCUUAUGGCCGAGGCGGCCACGAAACAGCAACAGGAAGGGGGAAAUAAGACGGAAAAGAGCAGUCAGAAGCUGACAUCUGUACUGUGGCGAAGCAUUACUGAGGUUGAGAAGGAGGGGGAGGACGAUGGCCAGACGACGGGGUCACAGAUGACGCCCACAGAAAAGGCUCGUAUGGAGCUUCGGGCGAUGAAUUUUAUGCAGCAGGCGAAGGAACGCGAGGAAAAACGUUACGCAGAGGUGUUGGAAACCUUGCAGGAAGACAUUCGUCGCGACAUGUGUGGCCAGGCCGUGGGCAGUGAUGAUGAACCGUCUGAUUUGGAUGAGGCAAGCGAGACGGAAGAGAAGCCAAAAAAAUUGAAAUCGAGAGCUAAAUCUUUGAAAACUGUAGAGACACAUGUGGGACGGAAGGCGUUUUUGCAGAGGCAUGGGGAACAACCGGACAGAAAAGUUGUGGAGAGUAUCCAGCUGAAACGGCACCGUGGUAUUGAUGCACAAAGGGGUAAUGAGGCGGAGGAGACUCACAGGAACACGAGUGCAAAGGAAGAUGCGAAUAGUACUGUGCGUUCCACUAGGGAUGAAGGCAACAAUGAUGGCGUAGCGGAUGGGGUGGCAACAGAAAAAGAUAAGGCUACCAUAUUUCACACAGCAGACCUUGCUGGAAGUGGGAAAGAGAAAAGUGAAGGGUUUGCUGGUAGCCGUCAGCCCAAUAUAUCUUCUGUUAGUAACGUUGGAAGCGAGGCCGUCUUUUCUGCGACGCCGAAACGAGCAAGCAGUACGCGUAUCACGAUUCUGCCGGCUGACGCCAAACGGCCGCGUGACGUCAAUGGCACAAAUAAGGGUGAAGAGGAGGGAGUGCUUAGGAAGGCCGAAGGGAAAAGGAAAAAAAGGGAGCGGCUUGGAGAGAAAAAAUCCGAAGAGGAGAACGAUGAAGAAACAACGUUACAACAACAUCAGGAGUACCUCAUUGCCCGUGCCUUUGCCGAUGAUGAAGUUGACGCGGAAUUUCUUGCGGAAAAAACAGCGCAGGUUGAAACGAUCAUGAAGCCCGUUGACAAAAAUGCAACGCUUCCCGGUUGGGGCGAGUGGGGCGGCAAAGAUGAACGUCUCAACAGACAUCACCAGGAAAAGUUAAAAUUGAUGGAUUUGCAGCGACAAAUUGAAAAGACAACACUAAUGAAAAGCCGCGCUGACGCUGAGCUCGAUCAUGUCAUUAUCAACCACGAUGGAGUGGAACUGGUGCCAGACCGUAUGUUGCUGCAUAUGAUUCCUCGUCCAUUCAGUAACCCGACAGAGUUUGCACGGUCCAUGCGGCAUCCUCUUGGCCCCGAGUGGAACUCCGCUUUUGCCUUUAAGGAAGCCAAUCAGCCGCGUCUGGAGGUACGUCAGGGACAUUCCAUGCUUCCACUUGAUCUCACUCUACGUGGUAAAAAGAAGACAGCAAAAACCAAGAGGCGCAAAGUGUUAUCCACGGCAGCUGUGUAG